UAUGUUUCCAUUGGUGCUGACUGUGAGCACAUAGCAGCUCAGAUUGAAGAAUGCAUAUACCAAGAUGUCAAGAACACCGACAUGAAAUACAAGAACCGAGUGAGGAGCCGCAUCUCCAAUCUGAAGGACUCCAAAAACCCUGAGCUGAAAAAGAACGUGCUGUGUGGGGUGAUUACCCCCGAGCAGAUCGCAGUGAUGACCUCGGAGGAAAUGGCCAGUAAUGAGCUGAAAGAGAUCAGGAAAGCCAUGACAAAAGAAGCAAUUCGGGAGCAUCAGAUGGCCAAGACAGGAGGGACUCAAACUGACCUCUUCACCUGUGGGAAAUGCAAGAAGAAGAACUGUACCUACACCCAGGUGCAGACCCGCAGCUCCGAUGAGCCCAUGACCACCUUCGUCGUGUGCAACGAGUGUGGGAAUCGCUGGAAGUUCUGCUGAUAUGUGCCAUGGCCCGAGAGUGGCAGCCAAACGCAGAUCAGAGCGCAACCUCCAUACGCCGGCUCCCACGGCAGUUGUGUUUUGUGUCCCAAGUGAGUUUGCAUUGUCACACACCGAGAGUGGCAGGGGGAGCCCUGCCUCUCCGUGUGGGCCUCAGGGCAGAGCCACAGCUGUGGGCUGACAGGUUGGCAGGAGAGCUCACUAUAAACACACUUAGUCGUUAUUUUCUCAUCUAAGCAAGUAUGGUCACUUUUACUUCAGAACUAAUAUUAAAUGGUUUUUUUUUUUGUCAGUUUCUGGCUUUUAUUUGAA